AUGUCUUCACCACCUCCAUGUUCUUCUUCUUUUUCUUCUCGAAUCUGCUACGCUCUUUGUCCCAAAAAAGGUCAUAGGUUCAAGGAGAAAUAUGGUUACAUCGGUGAUAAUUUCAACUCACUUGAACAGGUUACUGCAGCAUUGAGAGAGGCAGGUCUAGAAUCAACCAAUCUUAUCACUGGAAUUGAUUGCACUGCAAGCAAUGAAUUGAAAGGCAAAUUCUCAUUCAAUAAGCAAAGCUUGCAUACAAUUGGAGAUGAACUUAAUCCAUAUCAGAUGGCUAUCUCUAUCAUUGGGAAGACUUUAUCCCCUUUCUGCAAAUGCAACUUAAUUCCUUGUUAUGGUUUUGGCGACGCAAGUACUGAAGAUCAUGCCGUGUUUAGCUUUCACAAUGAUCAGUCACCUUGCAAUGGUUUUGAUGGAGUCCUUUCAUGCUACAAAAAAAUAGUUCCAAACUUGCAACUUCUAGGGCCAACUUCUUAUGCUCCGAUAAUUGAGGCUGCAAUUGACAUUGUGGAGGAAAGUGGUGGCAAGCACCAUGCACUGCUUCUCAUAGCUGAUGGCCAGGUUACAAGGAGCGUCGAUACAAGAGAUACGGAACUAAGUCCACAAGAAGAAAAAACAAUCGAUUCAAUUGUCAAAGCAAGUCGGUAUCCACUCCCAAUUGUUCUUGUUGGAGUUGGUGAUGGACCCUGGGAAGGCAUGGAGAACUUUGAUGACAAGAUCCCUCAACGUAAAUACGAUAAUUUUCAGUUUGUUAACUUCACUGCAAUUAUGUCUGAAAAUGUAACACCCUCAGAGAAAGAAACAGCUUUUGCUCUGGCUGCCCUAAUGGAGAUUCCCAUCCAGUACAAAGCAGCAAGGGAAUUAGGCAUACUUAAACUUGAUACUUGUCAAAAUGAGGGCUUUGCUGCACAAUGGAGGUAA